AUGUUGCUCAAAAACUCUGCCUUGCUGUCAGGCGCGUUGCUGGCUUCGUCCGCCGUAGCCCAAUUCCCGCCGAAGCCUGAGGACGUCAAGACUGUCAAGUCGAAGUUCCAUCAAGGUAUUGAGAUAUCGUACAAGGAGGUUGAUCCCGCUGUUUGCGAGACUACCGAAGGUGUUCGCAGUUUUUCUGGAUAUGUUCAUCUCCCACCCCACAGCAUCAAUGAAACCCAUGAGAGACAGGACUACCCUAUCAACACCUUCUUCUGGUUCUUCGAGUCCCGCAAGGACCCACACAAGGCACCCCUGUCGAUUUGGCUCAAUGGUGGACCCGGAGGUAGUUCCAUGAUGGGAGCACUCUCAGAAAACGGCCCCUGUUUCGUCAACAGCGAUAGCAAUAGUACUCACCUCAACCCGUGGUCGUGGAACAACGAGGUCAACAUUCUGUACAUCGACCAGCCUAACCAGGUCGGCUAUUCAUACGACGUCCUCACCAACAUCACUGUCAACCUACUUGCCGACAAUGAAGGCCCCGAUGCCAUCAAGCUUGGCGAUUUCAGCGAAGGUGUUCCCGACCAGAACGCUACUUUCUUGGUUGGAACUUCUAGUAGCCAGAACAUCUCGGCUACUGCCAACAGCACGCAGCACGCGGCUGUCGCCUUUUGGCACUUUGCCCAGACUUGGUUUGAGGAGUUCCCUCAAUACAAACCUCAUGAUGAGAAGAUCUCUCUGUUCACCGAGUCUUACGGUGGAAGAUAUGGCCCUACCUUUGUCAAGAAAUUCAUGACACAGAAUGAAUUAAUUGCCAACGGAUCAAUCUCUGGCCCCGGCACGCAUUACCUCCAUCUCGACACUUUGGGUCUAAUCAACGGCUGCAUCGACGCCGAAGAUGCCGCUUCUGCUUAUGUCGAGUUCCCCAUCGCCAACACCUACGGCAUCCAAGGUUUCACCGAAGAACAGUACUUCAAAGCCAAGUACGAAUACAUCCGCAAAGACGGCUUGCGCGACCAAAUCCGCGAAUGCCGCAGACUGCAACUCGAAACCGAUCCCAACGACUACGGCGAUGUGGAAAACACAAACGCUUACUGCUACAAAGCAGCCGAAAACCUAGGAAAUCUGACCAUCGCCGCAUAUGUAGAAAGUCAGAAAUUCGGCUGGUUCGACAUAACACACCAAGGCACCGAUCCCUUCCCUUCCACCUACCUCAUGGGGUAUUUGAACCAACAAUGGGUGCAACAAGCCCUAGGCGUACCCGUGAAUUUCACCGCCGUAUCCCCGGCAGUAUACGAAGCUUUCACGCACACGGGCGACAUUUCCAAAGGCGGACUCCUGGAAGAUCUGGCUUAUAUCCUCGACAACGGCGUCAAAGUUGCAAUGAUGUACGGAGACCGCGAUUACGCCUGCAAUUGGCUCGGCGGCGAACAAUCAUCCCUGCACAUCCCAUGGUCGAACGCUUCCUCCUUCGCCUCGGCCGGCUAUACCCCUCUAGUGCUAUCACCCUUUUCCUCAGGCGGGCUCGUCAGACAAUUUGGCAAUCUCAGCUUCACCAGAGUCUAUCAGGCUGGUCAUUUGGUACCUAGUUAUCAGCCGCAAGCCGCAUAUGAGAUUUUCAUGCGCAGUUUGUUCAAUAGGGAUGUCGCUACUGGCGAAAUCGCCGUUUCUGCGGAUUACGGGACUGAAGGGAGAGAGGAUGGUUGGACGCCCAGUGAUGUGUUGCCCAAGCCGGAGAAUGAAUGUUAUGUGCUCAACCCCGGUUCUUGUAGCCAAGAGGAGCAAGCAUGGCUUAAAGACGGUACUGCUAUCGUCAAAAAUUGGAUUUUGGUUGGAAGGGAGAAGGGUGGGAAGAGAGGUGGACGUGGUCAUGGAGAGCAAGGUUCGCAAACUGUUUUGGCAGAGGAGGGUAUGUAUGAGCUUUAGAGUUCUACACGAUGUUUGCAUGAAGGAGUUGGUCAUAGAUAUAUACACUGUCGCUGCAUUCAUCUCACCGCUCUCGUCUACAUCCUUCACGAUGCUGCCACAAAAGACGAAUCUGUUCUGAGCUGACUUGGUCUGUUGAGAAUUUCCUGACUGUAGAAGGCUGUAUAUCCUACAACCCUCUACACCAGUGUCGACGAUCAGGAAAACUCCAUCAUGCUUCUCCUACAAACAUACCUGUGUCUGCUAUCAUAGCGCAGAAUAACAUCCAAACCCAACACUUCCUCUGGCGAGAAAAAUAUCGUGACUUCCCACACUCUCAAUGUAACCACAACUGCAUCUCAAACCCUCCAUGCCACCCUAAAACUUAUAUCUCCCCAGCAACAUCUAUCAGAGAGAUAAUCUUUAAUAAAAUCUCCCGCUC